AGAAAUUGCUAGAAUGGUCUAGCUUCUACUAAAUAAAAAAAUAAAUAUAUCUAUUAGAAUUUCUGGUUUUUAUUUGAUUUCAUUUUCAACACAAGUCCAAUCAACAGAGAUUAUACAUUUUCAAAGAGAAUCUAAAAAGAGUGGGGAAUGCCAUGGAUACAGAGAUGUCGAACACAGAGGCAGUGACGGCGGUUCCAGAAAACGAUGCCGUGAGAGAGUACCUCAUGUUGGGUCGUCAACUUAUCACCCAGGGAAAACCCACUCAGGCUCUUCAAGCGGUUGUCAUGGCAAUGCGAGCCAAAGGCGGGGAUGAGGCCGUGUUUCAAUCAUUGCACCGUGCUCGUGAGUUGUACAUAACCCGGCUGCAAGAAAAGACUGCUGUUGAUCAACUUGCUUCUCUGUUUGCUGAGUGUGCAAUUGCUGAAGCUCAGCCUUUCGUAGCAGAAUCACCGCCUCAAAAUGUAGGUGGCUCAUCAGUUCUGCCAGAUUCCCAUGUGAACUCUAUACUUGCAGAAACAGGGAGGAUGCAAAUUGUAUUGGAUGCGUUUUCAGACGGGACCAGCUUCAUCUGUUUACAAUGUGGAGGUCUUGUCAGUAACCAUCGCAAAGAUGAGCAUUAUGCUCACUGGUGUUGCAAUCUUUGAUUUCGAGGAAAUGUGGAAUGAGUACAUAUUUCAAUGAUUUUGACAUGCUUCACGAGCGUACUGCACACAGGACAUGAUUAAUUGGAUACUUUUAUCAUCCAAUAUAAUGUGAUCAAUUUUGGUCCAGAAGUCAAUUGCAGGAAGAAGAGUUUGCUACAUGCCCUUCUCAGGGGCCAUUAAUAUGUUCCUUUUAUUACAAUAGUAAAGAAUGUAUUGAGUGGUUUGACAGAAGAAUCUGAACAUUCACAUUUGCAUGGAUCAGAUCGGUGUGUAUCUAUAUGUAAUCUUGUAAUCAUGUUGAGUCUAUAGUUCUUUGAGGUGUAUGUGUUGCUUUCCAACUUUGUUGUAACAGCUUUCCGCUACAGUUCUUUAUCUAUGUAUCUGUAUUGAGCUUCGAUGCUCAAAUCUCAAA